AUGACGAUGAUGUCAGAUCUUCCAAGGGAUUUGGAAGAGGAGAUUCUCUCAAGAGUUCCUCUGAAGUCAAUGAGAUCAGUGAGAUCAACUUGCAAAAGAUGGGACACUUUAUCCAAAAAUCACACAAAGGAAGGGGAGUCUCACGUGAUUGUCUUGGACCAUUACACGUACGCUCUCGGAUACGUGAAUAAGAAGAACAAAUCCUGUCGUAGCCACAAACUCUUGAAGUUUAUAGACCUCGGUAGUGCAGCCAAGGACUUUGCGUGGUAUGAAAUCUACGAUUUUGACUCUGAUUCAUGGACGACUCUUGAUGUCACUCCAAAGUGGCAUAUGUCACAUUUAAACUUUGGGGUUUCUCUCAAGGGAAACACUUACUGGCGUGUUGAAGAAGGCAACUCAUAUCACUUGCAUGAGGGAUCAAGUGAGAUUGAGAUAUGGAUUACGACUAAGAUUGAGGCCGAAAAGUUGUCGUGGAGAAAGUUCUUGGCUGUGGAUAAGCGACCAUUCGUUGACUAUAUGUUUUCAUUUAAUACUAGGAGCCUCUUAAUCGACGAGGAGAAGAAACUCGCUGUGGGUUUCGUUGAAAAUGGUUUUGGUCAUGAGACAGUUAUCAUCUUUGGAGAGGCUGGAGACGUAAGGGAAGUGGAUCUCGGAGAAGCCGCAGUCGGCAAAUGGCAUUGGUCACAAAUAUGCUAUUAUGUUCCAAGUUCAGUGCAAUGCAUCAAGAAACCUCCAGGAGGCAAAAGGAAAAGACAAAGCGAUUUAGAAACGCGUCGGUAUGAUGAGAACAAGUCGAAACUUAUCGCACUUGAAAAGCGAAUCGUGAAGCAAUGUAUGAAUGGAUGA